AUGCGCACUGUUUCUAUGGUCCUGGCAGCUCUUGCUGCUGGGUUGGGCCAGGCACAGUUUCUCAUCAACGAGCUGAGCUUUGGUAUAGACUCCAAACUCAGCCAUGACGAGUCGCCGGGCACCAUCCCGCACUACCACGUCAACGGCCAGCCGAACCGCCCCGACGUGCUCUCCAACAAGGUCAUCCUGACGCCCAUGGGCCUGGGAAACCAGCGUGCCUCCAUCUGGGGCGAGCGCACGCUGCAGCGCGACGACUGGGUCGCCGAUAUUGACGUGCGCGCCAACGGCCCCGAGCGCGCCUCGGGCAACCUCAACAUCUGGCUUGCCAAGGACGGCCGCGCCGCCGUCCAGGAGAACAGCGUCUACACGGUCGGCCGCUUCGAGGGCCUGGUCCUUGUCAUUGACCAGUACGGUGGCUCCGGCGGUAUGCUGCGCGGCUUCCUCAACGACGGCACCAAGGACUUCGCCCGCCAGACCAACCUCGACUCCCUGGCGUUUGGCCACUGCCAGAUCAGCUACCGCAACCACGGCCGCCCCUCGCAGAUCAAGGUGCACCACAGCGGCGGCAACUUCAAGGUCGAGUUUGACGGCCGCAAGUGCUUCGAGAGCAGCAAGAUUGCCAUCCCGCAAGGCUACACCUUUGGUAUUACGGCCGCUACGCCAGAGAACCCCGACUCGUUUGAGAUUUUCAAGCUCGUCGUCAUGAGCGAGACGGUGGAUCCCCGCCACGCACAGAACCAGCAGCAACAGGGCGGCAACAACAACCAGAACAGCAACCAACAGGCCGAGCCCGGCGGUUUCGACAACCCCGAAGACGCCUUUAGAAAGGCUAUCCCCGACGAGAGCGCCGAGGUUUUCCAGACAUCGACCCGGCAGUUUGCCGACCUGCACAAUCGCCUGCAGUCAACAUACCACCAGCUGGCCGCCGUCUACCGGUCCGUGACGGCGCACCACGCCGUCGACGAGCAGCGCCACAGGGAGGUGCAGGACAUGGUUAGUAACAUCCGCGCCGACCUCAAGCGUCUCGACAAGGUCGACAGCCUCCAGCGCACCGUCGAGUCUCUGCAGCGCGACGUCGCCAGCCUGCGCGACGCCCUCGACCGCCGCAUCAGCUCCCACGAGAACACCUUUCGCGGCGCCCUCACCGACCACCACCGCCUGCUCUCCGAGCGCAUGAUGGACAGCAUUCCUGGCCACGGCAAGCUCAUCUUCAUCCUGGUCGGCACGCAGGUCGUCUUGGCGGGUGUCUACAUCGUCUACAAGCGCCGCAAGAUGGCUAGCCCAAAGAAGUAUCUGUAG